AUGUCCCGAGGUUUUUUAUUAGCUGUAUUUCAAUCAUCGCAAAAUAAUAUUCUUUUUUUCUUUCGUUCUUUCUUUUUUCUUUCUUUCUUUCUUUCUUUCUUUCUUUCUUUCUUUCUUUCUUUCUUUCUUUUUUUCUUUCUUUUCUUUUUCUUUUUUUACGCCUACCUUUCUUUCUUUCUUUUCUUUCUUUUUUCUUUAAAAAUUUUUCUUUCUUUUUUUUUUUCUUUCUUUCUUUUCUUCCUUCCUUUUUCUUUACGCCUACCUUUCUUUCUUUUUUUUUCUUUCUUUUUUUUUUUUUUUUUUUCUUUCUUUUUUCUUUUUCUUUCUUUCUUCCUUCCUUUUCUUACAAAAACUUUUUCUUUCUUUCUUUUUUUCUUUCUUUCUUUUUUUUCUUUCUUUCUUUUUUUUCUUUCUUUCUUUCUUUUUUUUUUUGCUUUUUAUUUUAUUUUUUAUUUCUUUUCAUUUUACGCCUCACCUUUUUUUUUUGUUUUCUUUCUUUUUUUCUUUUCUUUCUUUCUUUCUUUUCUUUUAGAUUUUCUUUCUUUCUUUCUUUCUUUCUUUCUUUCUUUCUUUUUUCUUAUUUUUUUCUUUGUCUUGCUUUAUUUUAUUUUUCCAUAUUUCUUUUUUCUUUAUCAUUUUCUUUCUUUUUUUUUCCCUCACCUUUUUUUUUUUUUUUUCUUUCUUUCUUUCUUUCUUUUCUUUUCUUUCUUUCUUUUUUUUUCUUCUUUUUUCUUUCUUUCUUAUUUCUUUCUUUCUUCUUAUUUUAUUUUUUUUAUUUCUUUUCAUUUUAUUUUUGUAUUUUUUUGCCCUUUUCUUUCCUUUCUUUUCUUUCAAUAUUUUCUUUUUUUUCUUUCUUUCUUUCUUUCUUUCUUUCUUUCUUUCUUUCUUUCUUUGAAACCGUCAACACUUUUUCUUAGCCCUCCUUUCCACAAUAUUUUCUUUCUUUCUUUCUUUCUUUCUUUCUUUCUUUCUUUCUUUCUUUCUUUGAAACCGUCAUCACUUUUUCUUAGCCCUCCUUCCUACAAUAUUUUCUUUCUUUCUUUCUUUCUUUCUUUCUUUCUUUCUUUUCUUUUUCUUUCUUUGAAACUUUUCUUUUUUUCUUUUCUUUUUUACUUAGCCCUCCUUUCCACAAUAUUUUUUUCUUUUUCUUUUCUUUCUUUUCUUUUUUUUUUCUUUCUUUCUUUCUUUCUUUCUUUGAAACCGUCAUCACUUUUUUUCUUAGCCCUUUUUCUUAGCCCUCCUUCCUUUCAAUCUUUUUUUCUUUCUUUCUUUCUUUUUCUUUUUCUUUCUUUUUUAUUUUUUUCUUUUUUUUUUCUUUCUUUUUUGAAACCCCCUCCUUCCUACAAUAUUUUCUUUCUUUCUUUCUUUCUUUCUUUAUUUCUUUCUUUCUUUGAAACCCCUCCUUUCCACAAUAUUUUUCUUUCUUUUUUUUCCUUUCCACAAUUCUUUUUUCUUUUUCUUUCUUUCUUUCUUUCUUUCUUUCUUUCUUUUUUUUUCUUUCUUUCUUUUUCUUUUUUUUUGAAACCCUUUCCUUUCCACUUUCUUUUUUCUUUUCUUAGCCCUCCUUUUCUUUCUUUCUUUCUUUCUUUCUUUCUUUCUUUUUUUUUCUUUGAAAAACUUUUUCUUAGUCAUCAUUUUUUCUUUUUUUCUUUCUUUAGCUUUCUUUCUUUAUUUCCUUUUUCAUCAAUAUUUUCAAUAUUUUCUUUCUUUCUUUCUUUCUUUCUUUUCUUUCUUUCUUUUCACUUUUUCUUUCUUUUCUUUCUUUACAUUUUCCUUGAUUUAUUUCGGUUUCUUUGUUUCCUUUCUUACUCCCUCUUUUAUUGUCCUUUUCUUUGUUUUUCUUUUUCUUCACUUUUUCUUUCUUUCUUCUAUUCAUGGAUUACAUUUUUCUUUUUCUUUCUUUCUUUCUUUCUUUCUUUCUUUCUUUCUUUCUUUCUUUCUUUCUUUCUUUACGCCUACCUUUCUUUCUUUCUUUCUUUCUUUCUUUCUUUCUUUACGCCUACCUUUCUUUCUUUAUUUCUUUCUCUCUUUCUUUACGCCUACCUUUCUUUCUUUCUUUCUUUCUUUCAUUUUUCUUUCUUAUUUGUUUGCUUGCUUGCUUAUUUUAUUUUUUAUUUCUUUAUUAUUGUAUUUUUUCCCUCACCUUUUUCUGUUUUCCCUGUUCUUUCUUUCUUUCUUUCUUUCUUUCUUUCUUUCUUUCUUUCUUUCUUUCAGUCUUUGAUUUAUUUAAGUUUCUUUGUUUCCUUUCCCACUCUAUCUUUUAUUGUUUUUUUUUCUUUUCUUCACUUUUUCUUUCUUUCUUUCUUUCUUUCUUUCUUUCUUUCUUUCUUUCUUUCUUUUAUUCAUGGAUUACAUUUUUUCUUUCUUUCCUUCUUAUUCGCUUUCCUUCAUUCUUUGAUUUAUUUAGCUUUCUUUGUUUCCUCUCGCUCUUUCAUUCUCGUUUAUCACCCUUUCCUUUAUUAUAUUUUUCUUUGUUUUUCUUUUCUUUUUCUUCACUUUCUUCUUUCUUCCUUUCUUUCUUUCUUUCUUUUUUUUCAUUCUUCUUUCUUUUAUUCAUAA